AUGGAGGAAGAACUACGAGCACUCUACGCGAAACUUUCCCUUACUGAAGAGGAAUCGGCAGGAGUAGUGGUGGAAACAGAACGGCUUGAAGAUGUUAGAGUUCGGGGUGAGAAAUCUCUGAUGGUCAGGCUGCUCACGGAGCGAUACUUCAAUCGGGAUGCCUUCAAGCAGACAAUGCGCUGGGUGUGGAGACCGAUGAAGAACAUUAAGUUCCGUGACCUAGCUGAGGGAUUGAUGUUGGUGGAGUUCGAUGAACCUAGAGACAAGGUACGAGUUCUACACGAUGGUCCAUGGACCUUCAACAAACAGUUGGUGCUUACCAAGGAAUUCGAGGGCCAUCUACAGGCGCAUGAAGUUUCUAUGACAACGGCAGAUUUUUGGGUAAGAAUCCACGAUUUACCAAUGAUCGCAUGCAAUGAAUAUGUGGGCAAACUGAUUGGGGAUACGCUAGGUAAGGUUAUUGAAGUGGAUGUAGAUUAUGACGACCUAGCAUGGGGGGAGUACAUGCGAGUUCGGCUAGCUCUUGAUAUCACGAAGCCUUUGCUACGGAGGAAGAGGAUAAGCCUGGGUGACCACCGAGAGUACUGGGUUCGGUUCACCUACGAGAGGUUGCCGGAUUUUUGCUACUAA